UAUCAUAAGCAAGAAAUAAAUAUGGAAUCGUAUUCGUUUCGUUUUUCUUUCAUCUAAAUAGUCCGUCGUUGAUAUUAAUUUGCUUAUGUAAAGAGUAUCUUGUAUUAAUUUAUGUGUAAUUCGUUGUCGAUAGCUUAUUUUAAGUGUUACAAUGAGUUCUAAAAAGGGAAGGCGUCAUGGAAACAAACAUUUUCCAAUAGCUGAGUCUGUGAGCAUAGCACUGAAGAUUCAGUUGGAUAAGUUCAUUAGUGAUGAAAAUGAGACUGAACUUAAGUUUCCCACCUUCCUCUCGGCGCAAGAACGAGGAUUCAUCCACGAGACAGUCGCUAAACUCGGGCUGAAGUCGAAAUCGCGCGGGAAAGGUGUGAAUCGCUACAUUACAAUAUACAAGAGGAUUGGCUCAACAAUAAUUCAGAAUGAUGCCAAACUUAUAUUGGACUCGAACAUGCGAUGUACCAUCAAAGAACUGCUCAGUGCAUUCCCCGUCACUAGUAAAGAGAAAGAUGACCUCAGCAGCUGUCCGGAGAAGGAGAGAAGUCCACAGCUCACACAUAAGACCAUGGGGCAGCUGAAUAAUGGGGUUGCUCAGGUUCCUAACACACAGUACAACCCAGAUCUGGUGAAGUUCAGAGAGAAGCUACCAGUGUAUGAACAGAGGCAGGAGCUUAUUAAUGCAAUACUACACAAUCAGGUGAUAAUAGUAGCGGGCGCGACGGGCUGCGGCAAGACGACGCAGCUGCCGCAGUUAGUGCUGGACCAGUGCCAGGAACAGAAGCUGCCCGCGCGCAUCUACUGCACGCAGCCACGCCGCAUCUCCGCCGUGUCAGUGGCUGAGAGGGUGGCGUACGAGCGCAUGGAGAAGAUAGGCCAGUCCAUCGGGUACCAGAUCCGGCUGGAGUCGCGCGUCAGUCCCCGCACCGUGCUCACCUACUGCACCAACGGAGUACUACUGCGGACUCUCAUGGCGGGGGACGCGUCGCUUACAGGAGUGACCCAUAUAUUCGUGGACGAAGUUCACGAGCGUGACAAAUUCAGUGACUUCCUACUCAUCGCGCUCCGGGACGCUCUGCCGCGGUGCAAGGACCUCAAGCUGAUACUCAUGUCUGCUACCAUGGACACGCAGAUAUUCUCACGGUAUUUCAACAACUGCCCAGUGAUCACAAUCCCGGGCCGCCUGCACGAAGUACAAAGGUUCUACUUAGAAGAUAUCCUUAAGAUAACACAGUACAAGACUCCUAAGAUGAUACAAGUUGAGAAGGAAUUGAAGGCCAAGCUCAAAAGUGGGAACAGCUAUUGGUCACAUCUUGAAGGUCAGAAACAAGACGACGCGGGCAGCAGCAGUAAGGACGUGAAGGAAGACAAGGACAACAUGCUCGAGCCUUCCCUACAGGCUGACAUGGACGAGUUCCUCGACGAAUGCUUUAAUGAAGGCACGCUGGACUCGUUCACGCAGAUCCUGUACAUGUACAUAUCGGAGGGCGUGUCGGUGUCGUGCGGGCAGUCCGCCACGGGCCGGACCGGGCUCAUGGCCGCCGCCGCCCGGGGGCUGCCGGAGACUAUCGCGCAGAUGCUGCAGAUUGGCGCGGACCCCACAGCAAAGGACAAAGACGGCAAAACAGCGUACGAUUACGCAGUAGAAAACAACCAUACAGACUGUGCCAAGCUUCUAUCAACAUUCAACUUGACCGAGGAACCGAAGGGCAAUGCAGACGACGACAGUGCCGCAGACAACUUCCUUCUAGACGUCUACCAUCACACCAUAUCAGAAGAAUUGAUAGACCAUGAACUCAUGCUAGCUCUAAUCAAGUACAUCCAUGUAAAUCUACCCAAAGGCAGUAUUCUAGUCUUUCUACCCGGCUACGAUGAUAUAGUAACUCUAAGAGACAUGAUCCAGUCCUGUUCCGAUAUGAACAGCCAUAAGUACCAGAUUUUCACUCUUCAUAGUAACAUGCAGACUUUAGAUCAGAAGAAAGUGUUUAACCCGCUACCUAAUGCGAGGAAGAUUAUCAUUUCUACGAAUAUCGCUGAGACGUCGAUUACUAUUGAUGAUGUUGUUUAUGUUGUGGAUUCUUGUAAGGUGAAGGAGAAGUACUACGAGUCCGGGGGCGGGGUGUGCUCGCUGCAGUGCGUGUGGACGUCCCGCGCGGGCUGCCAGCAGCGCGCCGGCCGCGCGGGCCGGACCACGCCGGGCCGCGCAUACCAUCUGUGUUCCAGGAGACGGUUCUCCACGCUGCCGCUCAACUCCGUGCCCGAGAUACUGCGCGUCCCCCUGCAGGAGCUCUGUCUACACACCAAGCUCCUCGCCACAGGCAACACCCCCAUCGCAGACUUCCUCUCCAAAGCCCUCGAACCCCCCUCUUUCCUAGCCGUCAGAAACGCCGUCUCCCUACUCAAGACCAUCGGUGCUUUAACCCCCAUGGAAGACCUCACUGAAAUCGGACAACAUCUUCUAGAUCUCACCGUGGAACCUAAACUGGGCAAAAUGUUGCUCUACGCUUGUGUAAUGAAGUGCCUCGAUCCUAUUCUAACGAUAGUGUGUAGUUUGGCCAAUAAGGAACCCUUCCAGAUAUCGAUGAACCCUGAAAAUAGGAAGAAGGGAAGCUUGGCUCGCAAGGAAUUCGCAGCGGAUAGUUAUUCUGACCACAUGGCUUUAUUAAGAGCGUUCCAAGCUUGGCAGACUGCGAGGGCGAACGGUACAGAACGUGCUUUCUGUGCCAAGAACUUAAUAUGUGGUGCUACUAUGGAGAUGAUCGUAGGAUACCGCUCACAGCUGCUGGCUCAGCUAAGAGCUUUAUGUUUAGUUAAGGCGCGUGGCUCAGGAGAUAUAAAGGACGUCAAUCUCAACUCUGAAAAAUGGCACGUUGUCAAAGCUGUGUUAGUUAGCGGGCUAUAUCCGUCAAUAGCGCGUGUGGAUAGAGAGUCCUCCACAUUGAGAACGUCCAAGGAAGUGAAGGUAGCCUUCCAUCCUAGUUCUACACUACACCAGGGCGGGGGACUGACUGGGUCACAGAAGUCGGUGCACAACCUGCCCACUGACUGGGUGGUGUUUGAAGAGAUAUCCAGGGCCGGCAGGUUCUGUUUCAUCCGCUGUAACACUUUAGUGACACCAUUGACGGUAGCCUUGUUCGGUGGACCGUUGCGGUUGCCGAACUCAGCUCUGACGCAGCGAGCCAACCCGCCGGGACUGUCCAGUGACUCCGACAGCGAGGCGGACGAGAACAACGCCUCGCCUGACGCGGCUGUGAUUACUAUAGACGACUGGAUGGCCUUCACUACUGAUGCUGCAGACGCUCUCAACGUAUUCUACCUCCGGCAGAAACUGUGUGCUUUAGUGAUACGUCGCAUGUCGAACCCGGCCAAACCCAUGACGCCCCUAGACGAACAGAUACUAAGCACGGUAGUACAUAUAAUGGGCGCUGAGGAGAAGAACGUUGGCCUCAACCAGCCGAGCGGUAUCGGACAGAGACCGAAGCCUUUGACAGUAGACUCACCUAAUUGGCGGUCGAGGCUGGAGAAUGAUGAGCAAUACCGGCACGACAAUAAGAAUUAUUACCCACAGUAUAACCAGAACGAGGGCGGAUUCCCAGGGGGGAACUUUUAUAACAAUGCUUACGGUGGUGGGUAUAGGAAUGGGCAGGGUCGGCCUGGUGGGUGGCGGAACGACGUGCCUCAGCCGUUCUCCCCGGCGUCGUACAGCGGGCCCAAGUCGCCGAUGUCCCCCAACGGCAAGACUUUGCUGGCGACCAUCGAGAAGUACGGCGAGGGCGCGGAGGGCAGCGUGCGCUACUUCGUGUGUCGCGCGGACGACGCGCACGCCGUGGACCUGGCGCAAACCUCGGGCACGUACCCCUUCGCGCAGAACACCGCCAAGAAACUGCAGAAAAUUAAACAGGAGGGAAGUCGCGUGAUAAUAUUCUUCUCAUGCGCGAGCGCGUUCAAGUUCGUGGGGUGCGCCGCGCUACAGGACGGCGGAACUUUAGAGUGGAUCACCACGGGACAUGUGCCUUUCCAUACCAUCCGGCAUAUCGGCAACUCUCUGGCGGGGGGCGCGCGCGUGUGCACGAUGCGGGAGGGGGCGGAGCUGUGCGGGGGCGCGGGGCGGGCGCUGCUGGCCGCGCACCAGCGCCGCAGGCACCACCACCCGCGCCCCAUACAGAAGCACGCCAACGACUCCUGACGGGGAGGAUAUACGAAGCCCCUACAUAAAUAACUGCCAUCCCCAGGAACUCAAGUACCUAGCACCUUUUUUUUCUUUUUAACGUGUGGAAAUCCUCAAGAUACCUUUUGUCUUACGAAGUACGUCAGACAGCAGGUUAUGUCGGACUCUUACCGACUACCUAAAUACCUAGCACCUACUCACGACUUUACCAUAUUCAAGCUAUUUUUAUGUUAUAUAUCUCCUAUAGGUACAAAAUUUGUUGUGUUUUAAGGCUUAAUCACGUAACUGUUUGACAAGGUAAGUAAUUCGUAAAUUGAUUAUGUUUUAUGAAAUGACUCGACGAGUUUCGAUGCUGUGAUUAUAAACUCCUUGCGUGACUUGAAAUUAGUUGAGUUGCCUCUUCAAAUGUUUAUGUGAUUAAAUCGUAAAAUAUAAUUAAUUUCAUACAAAGGUUGUAUGGACUUAUUUGUAAUUGAUUCAUAUAUGAAAAUUUUCUUUAGAAUGUGUCAGUAAGAAGGAAAUAAAGCUGAAUUUCACUGACAAUAUUAACAAUUUUAAAAAUAAAAUCGAGAUUAGAUAAUAAUAUUAAGAUAAACAUCAUUGUCUUCUCUCGAUUAUGCAAAUGUCAACGUUAUUUACUUACCAUGCCAGUUAAUUUUUCAGUAGUAACUUCUUAUUGUAUUUUUAAAAUUAUCGCAAAUUACUCAACGUCGAUAUCACCGAAAAAUUAACUUAGUUUUAACCUUAUUAAGGUUUAUUUUGCAAUUUUAGUUCACAAAUGUAGAAUACUUGAUUUUGGUCUCAAUUUUAUUGUACUUAUCUUUAAGUAAUGAACUUUUUAACCAAAGUUAGGUGUUAUUAAUUUCAUGGCUUCUUUUUCACGUAUUUAAGAUUCACGACAUAACUUAUAAAUAUAGACUUAAUAGUAAUAUACAUAGAGUGCAUUUUGUAUUAACCAAUAAGAGCUAUCUCACUGAUUUAGUGCAUAUCAUAUGUAAACAUUGCUCCCAUGUAGGAGCAAGACCAAAAUUGAAUUGAUAUAGGUAAUGCAAGAAGAAAAUUGUACCUUAAGUACAUUAGCGUAAAGCUUUAUUUAAUUUCAAUUGCCCCAAAUCGCUUACAUAUAACCAGAAUUAUUAGUUAUAGGAAAAAAAAUCACGUCGUAGGUUUCCCAUUAAUGUACCUUACGACAUGUCUAAGUGUAUAGUCUUUGUAAAAAUAAACUCAGAAAUUUAGAACAAACGAUUUCGAACUCUGUUGCUAUGGUGAUACGAAUUCUUAUCGCGCAAAUAUUUUAAAAGCGUAUCUAAAAUUAUUAGAACAAUUUAAUGAUGUUACAGGACUUAGAAUUUAAGAUAUUUCAAGUAUCAAGACAUAACAGUAUAUUAUAGUUUGACAUAUUUUGUAUAGAGCUUUGUCAAGAUUUUAUCUCUAGCAAAGUAAAUCUACUGAAUAUAGAGGACUCAAUACGAGUUUAUUAACGUUUAACGAGACUGGAACAUUACCACGUUUAUUGGUUGAUUCAUUGGAGUAGGCCAAUCAGAACGCCGAACGCGGUAAACGUUUUGAUCUCGUUAAACGAAAAAAAACUCGAACCAACUGCCGCACUCAGAAAUAUUGAAUGAUUACUUAAACUAUUCCUUAGUAACGAUUUUGUAUGGAAAACAAUUGCUAAGGACUUAGUUAAGUAACCAUUAAAUGGCUCUUGAGUACGGCUGUAAGUCCUCUGGUUAUUGAAACAGGCCGUAACUGGUUCAAACUUUGACUGCACAUUGCACGGUUGAUAACAGUAGCUGGCUGACUGGAUGUAAUGUGUAGCAAGUUGUUUGUAUGACCCACAAAUUGUUGUUUUGGGUCCAUAUGUUAUACGAGAUAAUAUAAUAAUAUGAUCGUGAUUCAAUCUCAUUCAUGAGCGACUUCAGGCCGAAGCUGUGAAGUCAAAGCGAAGUAAAGUUUGACGAAGUAAGUCGUAGUGUCUCUCUACACUUUUGUAUCGUCUAAUAUCGUGUUGAGGAGGCCUAGCACCAUGUACAAAAUUGUGCUAUAGAGUUAACUAAAUUAAUUAAAAAAUCACGGUUUAUUCACGUAAAUUAAUGGAGAAAAUAGAAGUGCAGUAGGCUGCGCGACGUCGCCGCGUUUGCGCACGCACUACUCAUGAAGAAGAGUCCUUCUGUGACUCGAAACUAGUCGAGCUUUUCUCUAUUAAUUUACGAGAGUAAGCCGUGAUUUUUAAUUAAUUUAGUAUGUCUCACGAUAGUUAUUAUGAAAACUAUCGAGUAGUAAUGUUUGGAUCUCGUCAACCCUAGAAAGAACGUGAUAAUAUAUUUAAACUAGACGUUCUAAACUUGCAUUAAUGUACGAGAAUAUUUACUUUAAUUAUGUUAUCGGUUUAUUCACAUAACUGUUUGACAAGGAACUCGACUAGUUUCAGCGCGACAGUCGCUGCGUUGUAUCGUGGAAUACUGCUCAUGAACACGAGCCUCUAGCAUGGCUUGAAACAAGUCAAGUUCCUCGUCAAACAGUUACGUGAGUAAGCCGAUAACAUAAUAAUUAAUUUACUGUCUCAUGAAAGUUAUGAUAAAAUGUUUACUUUAUUGUUCCUGGCUACCCUUAUAAUAUAAGGGCGUGAUUUUACGUGUGUAGUGUAAACGCUGGUAGAUUAAAUGUUUCGUUUGUGCUCAUACAAAAUUAAUUUUACGUUGUAGCUAUCAAUGUUGUGAGAAUUUGGUGUAGAAAAAAAAAGUUAUAAAACUACAAAAUGAAUGUGUACUUAUUAGGACCAAUGUGUAAAGGUCUGAUAGAUACGAAGCACAAUAUUUUAAUGCAAACGUUAAAUGAAAAUAAAGUAAUUUUAUUAAAUUUUAAUGUGAUGAAAUUUUCUAAACUGUAUGUGUGUAUGUUGUGAGGAAAUUGAUGGUGUUUUCUAGAUAAAAUCUUUUUAACCGAUGUUAGAUAAAAAGAGGUAUUUGGAUUUGUCUAUAUCGUGGUUGCUGUUAGCAGGUUCGAUUAUAAAUCCUUCAGCAAUAUAUUGGUUGCUUAGACAUAAGUUGUAUGAAAUUGUAACAAAAUAUUUAUAAACAAAGAGUAUUACAAUUCUCAAGGUGUUGGAGCUACGACUAGAGACCUACGUGAACUAGUCCUGAAAGUCUCGAUAUUGAUAACGCCAGAUAUCAUUCACGAACGAUACGCGGUAUUAAUGCAUUUUCAACUUUGUCACAAACGCUUAUGGGUUGAAAAUGUGUUGUAGAGAUUUAUCGAUAUUUUUUUGUCGAUAUAAAGUCGGGACUGCCGGAAGAGAAUGAUGCAGGAAUUGUGAUUUAAAUCUGCUAAUAGUGUACUAAUAGUGCCCUUAGUAUAAGUUUGCUUUACGUUUAAAGGAAUCGAAACGAUAGCGCGUUCGGCGCUCUGAUUUUUUGGUUUAUUAGAGUUGGCAAAUCAGAGUGCCGAACGCGCUCCCGUUUCGAUUAUUUUAAACGUAAAGCAAACUUAUACUAAGGUUACAGUAUAAAUAUGAGUGUAAGUGUGACUGCCUUACAAGAUGUUUUGGAAACGAUUUCUGACUAGCAGCUUUUUUAUUGGUGUUUUAAUUUUUGUCAAUGAUAAGUUUCAAGUCAGAAAUGUUGCCUAGUGUAAUAGCAAUACGUUUGAUGUAUGUUUGCUUACCUCUUCAGUAAAUAACAGGAGUGAUGUUAUGUUAAUGUUAGUGUAAUAGCUUAUGUAUUGCUCAGUGGUUCGGUAUAUAGUUCAAAGCUUUUGUCUCGCUCUUUUAGAAUCCAUAAUUUAAAAUUUGCAUUAUAUUAUUUAAGAUAGUGGCCAUUGUGAUUCGUUUAGUGAUUUGAAGAUGAACAUAAUGAUUAUUCGUUGUUCCGGGUCUGGGUGUGAUUUGUUUAUUAUUUUUCUGUUGUAAAACUCAUCCACAAUAUCGUUAUCUUAUGUUAGUUUGGAACAACUAAAAAGCAACCAUAAUUAAAUCUUUACUAAAUAUUCUAAUGUCCAAAUACUCAAACGCUACUCAAUUUUAAGACGCUCUCAAGACCAGUUCUGUCGCUACCAAUUCUUUAUAGAAUGGCAGAGAUAGCACGAUAUUUAAAUGCAACUUAAAAUUGAGUAGCAUUUCAGCAUUUGGGCGUAAGAGAAAGAUUUGAUAAAGUGUAAUACAUAUUUAACCAACCCGUGCAAUAAGUUUAAGGUUUGAUGACGUCAUUAAGACUUUUAAUUUGGUAGCUCGAUUAUGCCACUCUUUCUCUCUCGCUCUCUCUCUGGGCAGAGUAUCAGUUAUUUUAAUAAGAUCCCCAUAUAUAACAGUGGGACUUUUAUAACAUUACUGGCGAAUAAUUGAUUUAUGAGAGAAUACAAAUAUACUUCGGAAAUAUUGUUAUCUUUAUAAAAAGUAUGUAAGGUAUAAAGUACCUUUGCAAUAAAUGUUUUUUUGAAAAUAGUUUCGGUACUGAGAUUCGAUGAGGUUUUUAAAUUCUAUAUUAACAAGGUUUCUCGUAUGUGAUACGGUUCUCGAGUAAUCUAGUCAUUUGUUAUUUCAUAAUUGUCUCAGUACUUGAAAUUAUAUUUUUGUUCAUCUAUAUGUCUAGAUGGAGGUUGUAAUUCUAAUAAGCAUCAUAUGUAUGUUUCUUGAAUUUGGAGGAAAUUGAAAAAGGGUGUUAGGAUCUUAGUGGGAGGUGCUCUAUACGGUAAAACGGGGUUAAUCUAUACUAAUAUUAUAAAGCUGAAGAGUUUGUUUGUUUGUUUGUUUGAACGCGCUAAUCUCCGGAACUACUGGUCCGAAUUGAAUAAUUCUUUUUGUGUUGGAUAUUGCAUUUAUCGAGGCAGGCUAUAGGCUAUAAAACAUCACGCUAUGACCAAUAGAAGCCGAGCAGAGCGGGUGAAACCGCGCGGAAGUAGCUAGUAGGGACAUAAGAAGGGUGAAUAGAUACUAUGAAGAAUUUUCCUAUACCUAUUCACCUCUCUUCUGUCCCUGUUCACCUCUCGAUCCCUAUUCACCCCGUUUUACCGUAGUUUCUGUCUACCUUCAUGGGACAAAAGUGUGGAUUUAUACAGGUAAAUUGCACUGGUGUGCGUGGCUAUUACAUAUUACACACGCGAUACGUCAUUUGUUUUACUUGUAUACGUGUGUGUAACAAUACCAGUUACUCUUAGUACAAGUUUGCUUUACGUUUAAAGAAAUUGAAACGAGAGUGCGUUCGGCGCUCUGAUUGGCCGGCGCGAAUGAACUUACCAAUCAGAGAGCCGCACGCGCUCUCGUUUCGAUCUUCUUCAACGAAUAGCAAUCUCGUACUAAAGGUACAUGGAAAGGGGAGGGAGUGUGUUAAUAUACCAACAGUGAAUUAAAUGGGGGUAUGUUACUCACAAAAUGCAUAAUUUGAGUCGAUUCUGCGCGGGACGCGUGAACUUAGGCAGUCUGUUUAAACAUAUAAAUUAUCUAAGAAUUCAUACUGCAGCACUUGAAAUAAAAUUAACCUACUCCAAUAUGUCAGUCGAUUUUCUACUUUAUUACAAAAUUAUAAAGUUGAGAAUCUAUUGAGAGAUUGUAGAAUGUUGGUCUGCAGUCUCCUGUAUCUUAUUCCUAAUACAAUAAGGUUUAUUUUCCUAUACCUAGUAAUUUUAACAGCUCAUUUCGCAGCUACAUUGACAUUAGAAUAUUUGCAUUUUAUAUCUUAGCGUUUAGACUGACUGUACCGUGUAGAGAUGACUGCAAUAAGGUCUAGAAUAAAUAGUGACAUAUACAGGACUAGUUUUUUCAAUGUUUAGAUUUCUUAUGACUAUUUUACAGUAAGUCGAUUUGCCCGGUGAAAAACGUCUUGGGGAUAAAACCGUAGAAUAUUAAAAAAAUGUACAUGAGAGUAAAGCCUCGUUUUCACUAGUUAAACUGUUCCUUGUCGCACAGUCAACAAUGUCGUCCAACGUCACCCGACGUCGCCCGACAUUGCCCGAUGUCCCUGGGAACAAAUGUCGCUCGACUAAUAAUGUUCCUAGUAGGGACAAGGCUUAAGACUCGAUUGAAUAGUAAAUCGGAAUCUCUCCUGUAUCUUGUACUUUCUCGUCUUAUCCCUCAGACGUUCUUCGCCAAGUUGAUUAGACCUAGUAUUUUACCAACUUUAGCUUUUCUAAGUUUACACAAUUUUCAUCCAGUUUUUACUUUAAGUAUAAACAAAUUAGGUUGAAUAUUCCUUGCACGUGAUAAAACAAUAAGAACGUGUUGUGCUUAAUUUUUCUCAUGUGAUACGGUUACUUUGUUCGUUGUUGUUGCAAGUGGCAUGUUACUCUAUUUGUGACUUUAAUUUAUUGUAAGAAAUAGUGAAGUUUUAACGGUGUAUUACAUGUUAAAAACGUUGUAUCAUAUAGUAGAUAUGGUGAUUACCCACCAGGCCCCCAACGACCAAAGGGGCCCAUCAAUUAGUAUAUACUUUGAAACUCGAGACUAUUUGAACUUGAGCCCCAGAAACGUUUAUUACGUGAGCCCAUUCGAUGUCAUCCGGCUCUGUAUAUUUUAUCAAUGUAUGUAUCCGAGUUUGGCGUGGUCAAAGUUUAUUUCGAUGUAUUGUUUAACUAAAUAUUUUGUGUGUUUGUAGGUUUGGUUGUAAAAAUUAAGUUCUUCCAGUAUUAAUAUUAAAUAGUACAACGAUGUAUGGUUUUGCAAUAACUUUAACGUUACUCGUUUAAAACUGUAAACAAUUUGAUUUGUUAAUUUGAACCUUGAAAUCCAGUUUUUCUGUCGCAUUUGCAAAACGAUUGUUUGCAUUUAUAAUAAGUUAUGUUUUAAUUUGUUACUUGAAAGUUUUAUGUAAUGUGCAGUAGUACACCAAUGGACAGACUAUUAUUCCUUUAUUAAGGAAUAAAGGAUUUGACUUUGGAAAUACUUUAUCGUAAUAAUACAUACACAUAAGUAAUCAAACAUCUGGCCAUGUCAUCAUCUCAUACGAAUGUUUACGUUUUAAUGUAUUUUAAAAUAUUUUUCGAUUUUAAGUACAAAUAUUUCUCUGCUAAAAAUGGCACUGAUUUUGUAAUAGACCAACGAAUUCGCUUCGAACUUUAAACUUUUCGUUUUCUAGCUUUGCUACAAUGAAAAGCAUAAUCCAUGUUUUAUCCGUCGAUCCAGGGAUGUAGUUUGCUGUCGGGCCCUUUGACAUGGGGCCCCUGUAUUAUAUUUUUUUACUUACGGGGCCCUGUAAUUUUGCGAGUUUAAUAUGGUUGUAGCUACAUCUCUGGAUCGAUCGGAUCCCUUGUAUGGGUUAUUAUUGUUUUUAACCCUAGUUUGUGAGUUUUCAUAAUAAAAUGUAUUAUGAUUGAUUCAUGUACUUGGAUGGACUUUGUACCUAAGUUUGCAUAUGUUGAGUUGUGUACAUACAUAUAGUUUGUGAUAACUGUUUCAUUUUAUCCUUUUCUUAAAUUAAAAAAUAUUUUAAGUUGAA